GGCCAAAGGGCAGCGGCAAGAGCUUGUCCUCACUGCGCUGUAGUUCGGUUGCAGGCUGCGAGUGUGUGCGCGGCGUCGCAGCUGUAGAUUUUUUUUUGGCGGGAUUGCACUGCAUUGCGCGUGGAGGGUGGCCAUCAUCCUUUGACCGGCGCCAUGGGUCUGUUUGGGGCUGCCCCGAAGAAGGUGGAAGAGCAACAGAAGUACUUCUCAGCCGUAGAUGGCAUCAAGCGGCUCUACAAGUCCCGUAUCCGCCCUGUUGAGGAACUCUACAAGUAUCAGGCCAUGAACUCGGCCACCCUGACUGAUGCCGACUUUGACGCCCGCCCACAAGUCCUGCUUUUGGGCCAGUACUCCGUGGGCAAGACGUCCUUCAUCAAGUAUUUGCUGGAGCGGGACUUUCCGGGUUCCCAUAUUGGACCCGAACCAACCACAGAUCGUUUCAUGGCCAUCAUGCACGGGCCAACCGAACGUGUCACGCCCGGCAACGCCCUUGCUGUGCAGGAAGACAAGCCUUUCCGCGGCCUCCAACAGUUUGGCACUUCUUUUCUCCAGCGCCUGGAAUGCUCGCAAUGCGACUCUGAGAUUCUCAAGUCGGUCACUUUUGUGGACAGCCCUGGCGUUUUGAGCGGCGAGAAACAACGCAUUGGUCGGGCCUAUGACUUUGUCAAGGUUGUUGAAUGGUUUGCACAAAAGUCAGACUUGAUUAUUCUGCUUUUUGAUGCGCAUAAGCUGGACAUUUCCGAUGAAUUCAAACGCACCAUCGUUGCUCUGAAGCAGCACGAUGAGAAAAUCCGCGUGGUACUCAACAAGGCUGACAGCGUCAGCGAGCAGCAACUCAUGCGCGUUUAUGGCGCCCUGAUGUGGUCCCUUGGCAAGGUGUCGCAGACGCCAGAGGUCAAGCGAGUCUACAUCUCAUCCUUCUGGGAAUACCCGCUGCGUGACGGUUCCAAUGUUGAACUCUUUGAAAAGGAGCGUGAUGACCUUUUGCGAGAGUUGCGUGAUCUCCCACGUUACGCUGCCGUGCGCAAGAUCAACGAGCUUGUAAAGCGAACUCGCUACGUCAAGGUUCAUGCCUUGCUCAUCGGCCACAUCAAGUCAUUGAUGCCCACCAUGUGGGGCAAGCAGUCGAAGCAACAAUGGAUCAUCAACAACAUGCGCGAGAUCUUCCGAUCCGUUCAGCGCGAGCAUCAACUGCCCAUGGGUGAUUUUCCCAACAUUGAGCACUUUAUCACCUGCAUUAAAGACUACGAUUUCAGCCGCUUUCCCAAGGUUGACAUGGCGCUGAUUGAAUCCAUGGACCAAGUUUUGGCCCGCGACGUUCCUGCCAUCAUGAACGACUUUCCACCGGAGCGAGAGGAUGCAGCACAGAUGGCGCGUGCGGCCGCCAGUCACGAACCUACAGCUGCUUCAUCUUCCGCCGCUGCUUCAUCGGGUGCACCCCCGGCCGGAAGCAACCCCUUUGACCCUUUUGGCACUGCGACAACCAGCGUGUCAACGGAGUGGAUCAUCACCAUGAGCAAACAGGCCGAGUACCGCAACAUCUUUGCAUCGGCUGGUCCCGUUGAUGGCAAGCUUUCUGGUGCCUCGGCCAAGGAGGUCUUGGUCAAAUCGCGCCUUGACCCAUCCGUCUUGGGACGCAUUUGGACACUAUCUGACAUUGAUAGCGAUGGCUACCUGGACGAGGAAGAGUUUUGCGUUGCGAUGCAUCUGUGUCACGAAUGCCUGGGCGGUCAAGAACUGCCCAGCAAGUUGCCCGACCUGUUGGUGCCACCCACCAAACGCCACAUUGAUAGUGCCUGCUAG